AUGUUACGAACCAUACAUCGUUUGCCACGAAAUCUCCUAAAGAACAACGAUUAUCGGAAGCUGCUGUCGCUCGACAGAAAUUUCAAUGCCUCGUUGACGCGACGGUUAGUCUCACAACCUCAACGCUUAGACAGGAAAGGUUCGCGGAGCAUACACGUAAACGUCAGUCCUGGCGAGAAAGCGAAAUGUGGCCUAGAGAACGGUGACAAUACGAAACAACAGAGUAACUAUCCCAUGAUAGAUCAUUGUUACGAUGUCGUGAUUGUAGGCGCUGGAGGUGCGGGAUUAAGAGCAGCGUUUGGUUUAGGAAGUAAGGGGUACAGAGUGGCAGUGGUCACAAAAUUAUUUCCGACGAGAUCUCACACGGUGGCUGCCCAAGGAGGUAUAAAUGCCGCCAUCGAUACCGAAAAGGAGGAUAACUGGCUGUACCACAUGUACGAUACGGUUAAAGGAUCUGACUGGCUAGGUGAUCAGGAUGCGAUACACUUUAUGACCAGGGAAGCGCCACGCGCAGUCUUCGAGCUGGAGAAUUAUGGUUGCCCUUUUAGUCGCACGGACGAUGGAAGGAUCUAUCAGCGAGCGUUUGGCGGUCAAUCGUUGAAAUUUGGCAAGGGUGGCCAAGCUCACAGAACUUGCGCCGUCGCGGAUAGAACCGGUCACUCGCUGUUGCACACUUUAUAUGGGCAAAGUCUACGGUACGAGGUGCACUAUUACGUGGAGUACUUUGCCCUUGAUCUUCUUAUGCACGGACGGUGCUGCAAGGGCGUCCUGGCGUGGGAACUGGAAACUGGACUUCUCCAUCGUUUCAGGGCUCACCAUACGGUGUUGGCAACAGGUGGAGCAGGAAGGUGUUUUUUGUCCUGCACCGCUGCACACGCAUGCACCGGCGACGGCAUGGCGAUGGCAUCUAGAGCAGGAUUACCCCUCCAAGACAUGGAGUUCAUCCAGUUCCAUCCAACCGGUAAUUACAUCGUAAAGGGAGCAAAAUAA